CUGCUGGUGUUGCGUGGAUUGGGUCUGCUGUAGGUUGGAGGAGCGAGGUACCAUCCGUGGGGGGUUGCUAGUGGCUCGUGGCUAGCUUCACUGCGCCGUUUUCUGACCAAGAAAGCAAAAACAUCUGAAAGGCAGUCGUGACGGCGGUUGUAGUGGACAUAGAAAAGAGCGAGGGAAUCGCAGCAGCAGCAGCAGCAGCAGCCAUGGCGGCGGCAGCCGUGCUCGAUCCGUCUGACACCAUUUCCGCCGCGCCGCCCGUCCAGGUACAGGUGGAGGUGAUCAGCCAAUGGGAAGCGGCGCUUCAGAGCAUGGUGGAGGAAAAGAUGCGCUCGUGGUACAAGCUCGCGAACCAGGGGAUCUUCACGCGCCGCCGCACCAAAGGCGGGAAAAAGCAGCAGCAGCAGCAUCACGACGCGUCGCAGAAGCAGGCGCGAGGGGGAAGUGGAAUCCGCGACUCGGGGGAGGGCCACGCGACAAAGCACCACAAGAAGCAUCAUCGCGGUGGGGGAAUCGCGGUGGCUCCGCCGCAUGCGGUGGAUGUGGAAGGCGAGCCGUUAAACGCGCCGCUGAUCGCGGCGUCGCGGACGCAGCAGCUGGAGCAGACGCUGAUCAAGGGCGAGAGGGCCCGCGCUGUCUGGGGAAUGGUCACAGUCGCCAUUCUCGCGGGGCCAGCGGCGGCGUGUGGGCUCUUCGCGCUGCUCUGCCCCGCCCUCUUCCCCUCCUGCCUCGCCGUGUGGGCCGUGCUCGAGGUCGUCUUCUUCGUGAUUCGCUACCAGCAGCUGCGCCACGUCAGCAACCACCGACCGGAGCUGACUUCGCCGUCGCUGGAGAGCGUCUCGGAGCUGCUCAGCCGCAUCCUCAAGCUCAAGGGCAUCGUGGAUGCGCGUUAUUUCUUCGAGGGGUGGUUCCACAACACCCCCCUGGAGCGGCUGACUCGCGAGCACAUCAAGCAGUUCAUCUCGUUCGGCUUCUUCUACCGCUCCUUCGACCAGCUCUCCCCCGAGUACCAGGAGGCCGUGGAAGUUCACAUGGAUUCCAUCGAAAAAACCUGGGACCUCCCCAUCCUCCGCCGCCCUUCCGCCUCCGCCCUCUCCUCUUCCGCGUCCGCCCUCCCCCCUUCCGCGGACCAGCAGCAGGCGCAGCAGGGGGGGCAAUCCGCGGAAGCAGCAGGCGCAGCAGCAGCAACAGAAACAGACGCGGAACCAGACGCGGAAUCAGGGGCAGUGUCAGGCGCAGCAGCAGCAGCCGCGGGUGCAGCCGUGGCAGCAGCAACAGCCGUGGCAGCAGCAGCAGCCGCGGGAGAGACAGCAGCAGUGGAGGUUCUAUCAGGGGUUGCGGACGCAAUCACAGGGGGAGAGGGGGAGUGCGGGGAGGGGGGUGAGGGGGAUGAGGCGGUAUCUGGGGGAGGCUGGAAGAAUGGGGACGGUGGGAUUGAGUUCAUGGCACAUACCAAGGAGCCGCUACGGGCGGUGGUGCACCCGCUGUUUGUGUACGCGUGGGGGCACAUGGUGGCCUGGCUGACGUGGCUCUCCCUGGCUCUUCUGGGAUUCCGCAGGCACGUGUCCCCAGCCGGGCUGCACUACUUCCACCGCCCGGGAAUGAAGGCACACAAGGCCCAGGCGGAGGCGGACGGCUACGAUGCGGUGGUGUUCGUUCAUGGGCUCGGCAUCGGCUUGACGCCCUACCUCGCGUUCAUCCACAUGCUGCUGGCCGCGUUCGGGAGGAAGCCCUUCAUCGUGGUCGAGCUGCCCCACCUCGCCUGCCAGCUCACCUCCGCCUCUCCCACUAUCGAAGAAGUGACUGCUGCUCUGGUGGAAACCUGCGCAAGCAUGGGUACAAGCGCGUGGCAUACGUCGGCCACUCCUACAGCACCUUUAUUGCUGCAACGCUGCUGAGGCGCCAUCGCUCUGUGGUGGCAGCAAUGAGCAUCAUCGACCCCGUCUGCCUGCUGCUCUGCCUGCCCAAAGUGCUGCACACCUUCGUCUACAGGCUACCGGGUGGGGACCACCUGGCGGCGUGGAUCGGAGAGGCCGUGCGCUGGGUGCUGUGCUCCAGGGAGCUGCAGGUGGCUCGCAGCAUCUGCCGCGGCUUCUCAUGGCAGGAGUACCUGGUGUGGGGAGACGAGCUGCCGCCCGCCUCUCUGGUGAUGCUGGCAGGGGACGACCAGCUGGUGCCCUCUCCGCAGGUGCAGAGUCACCUGGCUCGUCACAACGUGAAUGUGAUUUACAAUGACGGGUUCCAGCAUGCGCAGUACCUUACAAGGCCCGAUGUACAGCACAAAUUCGUUAUGGCGUUUGCGGCUACAUGCGCUAAGAUCAGCCACAAGCAUGUGCAGUAAUUUUGCGCUGUUCAUGGUGUUCUCCAGGUGUCCCCGGAAGAGUAUCUCGGCUCCAUUGCAUGUCCAUAUGUGAAUUUAUGUUUUGUGGUCUGUUGUGUGGCCUAGCACUAGAGGUCUAGAAGUCUACACAUAGCGUAUGGGUUGCAUCCAACUAGGCAGGAGGGUGUUGUACGGGCGUUUUGCUUUUCUAUGCCUUGUGGAUGAGUCAAUUGGAGCUUCUAUGUCAAAUGCGUUUCUUCUUAGUGUAGGCUGAG